AUGGAUGUUGCUCUGGACCCCAGCGUGAACGUCGAGAAUCCAGUUGCCCCAGCUCUUCCCCACAAUUCAUCUUUGAUGGAACACUCCCAACCCCGUUCUCCUUUUUCCUCGCAGUCUAUCCUGCCUCAGUCACCUCCUUACCAAUCUACAACGUCUUCAACUCAUAUCACAUCCGCGCCAGAUCGACUGACUCAAUCCCAAAGCGGCGAGGAUGCUACUCGAGAGCCGCACCCCACGGCCAUUGCUUCCAUUCCUUCUCCUCAUUCAAAUCCUCAAUCAGCCCCUCAUCGGCCCCAGCCCCUUGAAGAGGACCGUAUGGAUGUUACCAUUGAUGCUCCACAGCCAGAACCAGAGGAGAGCUUCUCGAAUACGGUUCUCCCGGAAUCAACUGAUGAACACGGAACAAUUAGCUCCAUCCCCGAAAACAUGGAAACCGAACCAACUGGAAGCCCUGAUGUUGCCAACGAUUCUAUACUAGCUGUCGGCUCAUCUCCACCAGUUUCAGAGCCACCCAUAGCCGUAACUACGGAUCACAAUGUGGCUCGACCUACAGUAACGGGAGUCCCAUCCCCUAACAAUGAUCCUCAAACAGAACUUCCAUCGGAACAGCCCUCGUCUCAGGAUUUUGCCGACAGCCUUCCCGAACGGAAUAGUUCACUAGAUGACUCACAAAGUAAUUCCCAGGAAUCUCCCGUCAGCGGGGAAGAGGAACAUGCUUACUGGGCCGAUGUUGAGGAGGACACAUCGUCUCCUGAUGAGGAGGAGAUGAAAGAAAUCGAGUCUGGUGACGAUUACAGUGCCUUGGAUUACGAUUACUGGGAAAAGACCUUCUACAGAGAACUUGAUGACCCUGAAUAUAAACCUGCAGAGAAAGCCCGCCUGACCUGGAAGUUUAAAGGUGUACGGGGCACCAAGGAAAAACCAAAUCGUGCCACUAUCAUGAGGUCUCCAGCUGCUUUGAUCGGCGGUCUUUACUGGACUAUAAAGUUUUUCCCCAGGGGUAACAACGUAAACUCUUUGAGCAUCUACAUUGAGUCAUCUGCUACGCCCCCUACACAGGAUAAGGAUAUCCCCGAGACCGAGUUCAGGGUUUUCAAAGGCCCUCCAAAUGCCGUAUUGAGCGAUUUGGUACCAGAGGUCGAUUUAACUCUCCCAGCUUCGGCAGACUCCAGUAAAGCUCCAACCGUCUCAGUCUCCGUCUCUCAGAACGACGAGAAACAGGAGCUCUCCUCUGAAGACAACGGUCAACCUACACCCCCGGAGGAGCCAGCAAGUGAGCAUCCGAGAAAAGUUUCACAAUCCCAUCCGCCGAGGGAUUGGAGAGUAUCGGCUCAAAUCGGAGUUAUCAUAUACAACCCCAACGAGCCGCGAACUGCUUGGAUGCAGUCCUCAUGUCAUCAGUUUAACUCCCACAACGUUGAUUGGGGCUGGACAACCUUUCAUGGGCCCUGGGAUCAGAUUCACCAACGACAUCGUGGCCAAAGACAAGCGCUGCUCCGAAAUGACACUCUCGCUUUUGAUGCCUAUCUUCGAAUUAUCGAUGAUCCCACGCAGUCUCUCUGGUGGCAUUCAAGCGAUAGCGAGCCUAUCUGGGACAGUUUGAACCUAACUGGUUACCGGCCCAUGGGUGAUUCUAUUUUGAAAUAUAGCUUUGAGGUUGCUGGUUUGGUAUCGUGGCUUCUCCUGGCGCCGUUCCGGGAAAUUAUUCAGGAUGUGAACAUUUUGGAACAUCUCACCACUCCGGGGGUUAAACCAAGACCCCUAUGUGAGGCUUUACAGAAGCUUUUACUAGCUCUACGGACGCCACAUCCUCCCCAACUUUCAGUUGAUACUGAUUUUGUCACUCAGACUCUUCGCAAUUUGCAAGAAUUCUCCAGAGACGUGAUGGAAUUUUGGGAGAGGUUCCGGCGUUCUCUUGAAUUAGAACUGGAAGGAACUGAUGCCGUUGCUGAAUUGGCAAAAAUCUUCGACGGUCAGAUGGUGAACUGCGGCGACACAAUUACAGACCCUAAACCUGAUAAACCACUGGACACAGUCAACUAUUUCCGCGGAGACUUCAACUCUAAAAUUAGCGUUCCUGCGCAAACCUCGGAGAACGUGGAGUCGGGGGUAAAGAAGUAUUUGAGCGACAAACCUGGAAAGUGGUCUCUACCUGCGGUUCUCCAUGUAGAACUAGCUCGCCAGAAAUUUGACAAGCCCAGUCGUAACUGGAAACUCAUUUCCCGCCGUGUGGGGAUAGAUGAAGAACUUGAUCUCUCAGAUUUUGUCGCAGAUCCUCGAUCUGGAAAAUACAGUCUUUACGGGUUUGUUGUCCACAAGGGCAAGCGGACGUCAGGGCAAUUCUACAGUAUCCUCCGUCCUACUGGACCGGGAUCACGAUGGCUUGCUUUUGAAGACGCAGGCGAUAACAAAAUUGAGUGUCUGACAAGAAAGGCGGCGAUCAACGCUCAUGAAGGUAUUCCACCUGAGGACACAAGAGCACGUGAUAGGUCUGGACACGAUAUUGCUGUGGUUGUCAUGUAUGUACGAAAUGACGUGCUUCCCCGAUUCUUGACCAGAGAAAUUGAGCCAUGGGAUAUUUCGGGGCCAAGAAAAGCUUAUUUGGAACUUGGACAUGUGCCAUUCGCCUCGGCACCCCCUGUUACCGUUGAGGCAUAUUCACUCAGUGAUCUCUCUCUGGUGAGUAACAGCUUAUUUGAUGCCUAUGAUUUGAUGGAAACUGCCAGAGCUGUUGGUCAAAUCCGAUAUUUGACCUUGCCGGCAAGUACAUCAAUCGCAGAGCUAAGGGAGAAGUUGGCAAGGUGGCAGUCGAAUGGGGAUAUACAGGUGAAGUCAAAAGAUAUCCGCCUGUGGAAGAUCGGCCGUCCAAAAUCCGGUUUCCCCCCCACCUCGCAGCUCACAACUCUUCCGGAUCUUUCUCAAUCGCUGGUGUGCUCUGAGAUGAACUCUCUGCGCCUCUGGAUGCAUAUCCUGACUGAAGAUGACGCAAAGCUAUUCGCUGUGUUCAACCCACAACUUUCUGCCAACGUAUUUGAAAAUGAAGAUUCUUCUGAAGCAGCCGCAGAAGUAGCGAGCGGGCCAAGCAGCCUCGCCAGCCAAAUUCCAUUGGAAGAACAGAGCAUCCGGGAAACCCAGAAUACCGGCAUGGCUGAUUUAAACCCUCCUGCUGAUCCAACGGACAGGGAAGCAAGCACCAGUAUUAAUUUAGCGCCUUCUAACCCGCAACCAGAAGUAGUACAAGUAGCCAAUGAGACUGUGACGCCGGACCAUGCAAAUAUGCUUCCCUCUAAUAACAACGACAAUGCCCGACAGGAUUCCAAUAUCCCAAUAUCAGAUGUCCAAAUGACCGAUGCAGAACCCAGUACGGAGGACAUCAGCAUUUUGGCUGUCGCAACUGCAGAUCCGGCAUCCCAGAGUACCACAUCAGAACAGCCGGGCGAUUACCACGGAGGCAAUGAAGCUGGUUCUGUCGACCAUGCGACUCCUAGCGCUGAGUAUAUUUCGACACCGGCUCUUACCCAGGAAGACUCAGUCAUGGGAGAUACCGCGCCUGAACAUCAGACUGUAAUUGCCUCCAAUGAGAACUCAGAAGCGAUUGCUCUGACAGAAAAUGCGGAGAACGAUAUAAAUGAAAUUGCUCAACUACCAUUUGAAGAUCUAACACAUCAGCUGGUUCCACUACCUGCUCAAGUAUAUUAUUUUGUCCAAAUAUUUGACAUAGAAAAGCAAGAAUUCCGAGUUGCUGGAGUUUUCUUCUCCAAGAGAAGUUCGUCUAUCAAAGCUUCUGUCCGUGCCGCUCUUGGAUGGCCUGAUGAUAAACUAUUUCAUCUUUGGCAUCGUGUUGAUGGCAUAUCAAUUUUGUCCAUCUCCAGUAACGAUAGGUUCAACAAAAUCGUAUCUGCCGAUCGAGACGGUGAAUGUUUCCUUGUCGGGGAGGUACUGCCAAAGUCACAAUCCACGGAGAUUUCAGAGAGAGGUUCGUUCGCGAAUCCAGAUCUGCUAGCUCAAUACCUUUGGGCAUUAUCUCGUCGACAUCCAACCCAGUCUCUCACGGGCACGAAAAUUGUUGAUGCCACUUACAAUGGCGAAUAUUAUUCCGGCGACUUCAAAAAGGGAUAUUAUCACGGCAAAGGAACUCACAUAUCGGAUUCUGGUGCUACCUACACUGGUGAUUUCGUCUUGGGACAACGUCAUGGGAAAGGUGUCAUGGAGUUCGCUUCUGGCGAUACAUACGACGGAGAUUGGUUCGAAGAUGAGCGGAAUGGGCAGGGAACGUUCGUAGAACGCAAGACUGGGAAUAAGUACGUCGGUGGCUACCGCGCUGGCAAACGACAUGGAAAAGGCAUCAGUUACUGGGAAGUCGCAGAUGAAGAAAUGGACCUUUGCCAAAUCUGCUAUAGCCAAGAUCAGGAUGCGCUAUUCUACAGUUGUGGACAUGUGUGCGCAUGCGUCAGUUGCGCCAAACAAGUUGACAUAUGUCCUAUGUGUCGAAAGAAGGUCGCAAAUGUCGUGAAGAUUUACCGCAGCUAAUGUAGGCCCUACUCUCCCGGCCGUUUUAUUUUGCCAUCUAAAACUCGCCUCUUCUGGAUGAUGAUCUGGAUGAUUUUCUUUCUUUUCUUUUCCUGGAAAUAAUAGCGUAGCGAUUGUUUUGUUUUUCAUCUCCUCGACCAUAUUUUUCUUUUCACUUUUUUUUUUCUUUGUAAGACCGCGACACCGGCCGUCCCGAUCCGCGAUGGAUUGAUUUCAACUUGAGCUUGAUAUCUGCCACAGUUUUUUGCUCGGCUUUUGACUGUUGGUCUUACAAUUGUACGCCAUUCACGCCAAUCUUCCGAAAGCUACUUUUUAGCGAUAAUCGUUAGCGAAUGCCCUUCCAGCUCCAUUUGUUGUGUCGUAUCGGCUAGCAUUUUGCCCCGUCAUAAUCUAGAUUAAAUAUGCAGCCAAUGUCGCUGCGGUUUUGGUUAUUCUUAAUCUUCUGAUGCGAUCAUUUUUGAAUGAAUUUUACAUUCUAUACAUGCAUUUGAGAGAGAAAAACACAAUCAAAUGUAUCUUUUAUACCUAU